CCUAAUCGUGGCUUAAAUGUUUUGUAAUACAUAAUGUGAAAUUUUAAACUUUAGUAUAAGUGAAAAUAUUAAAUAAUAAUGUUAUAAAUAUAAAGCACUCAAAUUUAAAAUGAAUAAAAUGUAUAAAGUUGCUGUGGCCAUGUCAGGCGGUGUUGAUAGCGCUGUAAGUGCAUUACUUUUAAAAAAUAAAGGUUUUGAUGUUGUAGGUGUUUAUAUGAAAAAUUGGGAUCAAUUUAAUGAAUUGGGAUAUUGUUCAGGAGAAAAAGAUUUAAUUGAUGUGCAAAACGUAUGCAAAAAAUUAGGGAUUGACUUAUACGAAGUUAAUUUCGUCAAAGAAUAUUGGAAUAAAGUUUUUUGUGACUUUUUAGAUGAUUAUCAAAACGGUUUAACUCCAAAUCCAGAUCUUUUAUGCAACAAGCAUAUCAAAUUUGAUGACUUUUAUAAAUAUUGCUUCAGCAAAUUUCAAGUAAAUGCCAUUGCUACUGGUCAUUAUGCAAGAUCAUCUUUUGGAACAUAUUUAGAAAAUUGUAGAGAUAACACAGAAGUUAAACUGCUAAAAGCGAAUGAUGAUUUCAAGGACCAAACAUUUUUCUUAUCCUGUAUUCGGCAAGACUCCCUAAAAAGAACAAUGUUUCCUGUAGGCAACAUGUACAAAAAAGAUGUGAAAAAAAUUGCUGAAUUGAAUGGACUUCAUGAAAUGGCAAGGAAAAGGGAAAGCACUGGAAUUUGCUUCAUUGGGGAUAGAAAUUUCCAAAAUUUUAUAUCACAGUAUGUAGACCCAGUUCCAGGGGAUUUUAUAGAUAUUGAUUCUGGAAAAACUGUGGGUAGGCAUAAUGGAAUCCAUCAAUGGACAAUCGGACAGCGUUGUCGAAUACCUGGUUGUGUAAAGCCAUUUUUUGUUGCAAUGAAAGAUGUUCAACAAAAAAUAAUAUACGUAGCAGCUGGAACAGAGCACCCUUCCCUCUUUUCAAAAAUUGUUUAUACAUCGAAGCCUCAUUGGAUAAGAAAUGUGGAAAUCAACCCUAAUAAAUUUUACGAAUUUAGAUUUCAACACACAAAACCAUUAGUCCGGUGCAAAAUAAAAGAAGAGAAUAAUGGUUUGAAAAUAACUUUAGCUAGUUUUUUAAGAGCUAUCACACCGGGUCAGUAUGCGGUUAUAUACUCAGAAGAUGAAUGUCUUGGCAGUGCAAGAAUUUUACCUUCAAAAUAGAUUAUAACUGAAAAGAUUAUAAACUGUUUUGCCAAACAUAAAAUAACCAAUUAAAACUGACUGAGCCAUUCAUUGAUGGUUGAAAAAAAAUAUUAGGCUUUACAUUAAAUUUUUAAU